UGUGACGUCAGUCAGUUCAGGAACACCUCAUCCGGGAGCUUGGGGCGAGCACGCGCAGACCUCUGGCGUCCCACGUGGGGGUUGUGCCUACGGAGGGGGAGUGGGCGUCUCCCUGGUUCUUAGGUGGGGUCUUCAUUCUUUGUUGUCGGUCUCCAUGCUCCUCCCCACUCUUACGCAGAGGCGGAGCAGAGCCUGUCUGGGCAUCUUGGGAUCCGAAGCCAAGGCUGGGCUAGUGCCCUUUUGUUGAGCGUAACAGUCACGUGUGUUCUCACCCUGCAGGACGCGGAGAGUGAGGUUCGCACUUCCCCGCUAGUGUGGACCUUGCUGCUUUCCCUCCAAGUGCACACGCUGACGUUGCUCCUCCUCUUCCCUUCCUUCUCUCCAUCUCAGGGUUAGGGACUGAAAUACCUACUGUUAUUGUCCACUCCCAAGCUUUCUUCUCUGCCUUUCUGCCCACCACCUUUUUCUGCCUUCCCUCCAUCCCUUUCCUCACAGAGACAGCGUCCCCUCCCUGCACCUCUGUGUUUGGUUUCUCUUCCUAGAGGCUGUGAAGUCUCCCAAUUCGUCUUCCUUCUCUCCCUGCUGGGUAUUGCCUUUCCCUUGUAAAUACAGGCGUGGACUGGGUGGCCUUUACCCACAGGCCCCUGAUGCCCAAUCCUUUCCGAGGUCAGACAUCCUAGACUUAAGUGAGUUCUCAAUUCAGCAUCUUGUGUAGUCUCUGUAAAUGACUUCUUUCUCUCCAUUCCUCAGGGCUCACCUCGAAGUUUUGUUUUGUUUUUCCUAUUAGCCACACCCUUCUCCCAUUGUGUCUUCAAAAUCCAUUGCCUUUACCUCUAAGAAAUUUCCAGAAUCCAACCACCCCCUCGCUUGUGUUCUCACCAGACAACAGGGUAACUUGUCAAAAUCAUGAGCUUUCAUCACUUUAAACCACGACCCCUUCAGCUUCGCAACCGCUAGAGUCCUCACAAGCUUAGGCACGGACUACUGGCCCAGGAACCUACAUCAAAGCGGAAGUCGGAGCAUAAGCCUGCCACCCUGGGCAGUGCAUUCUCUGAGUUUGCUUGGCUUUAUUAGCACCGUUGCAGAAGUUAUUGUUCCUCAUUGGCUGGUGUCAUUGGUUCUGAGUCUGCACUGGGGCAGAACAUCAUGGUAUCUCGAGAGCUGCAUCGCCUGAACAUAUUAUUUGGGCACCCUUGGUCUCAGGGGACAGUAGAUGCUUCAGCAACAAGUGCAAAGUCAAAAUGAGCUUGACUCCAAAGCCAGGAUUCAAAUAUCAUUCCCUUUACCCCCAGCUUGGGAAAGAAAAGUCCAAUGGAAGCAUCAACUUAGGAUGUUUUUCAAGAACUACUUAAUUUUACAAACAUGGGAAGAUCCAUCAGGGUUAAUUCCAUUUUAUCAGCAUUAAGAGAAAUCUGCGAAUGGACCAGGACUCAUACUGGAGAAGAGCUGUGGAGAUGUAAUAUGUAUGAAAAGUAUUCCUCUGGAGUCUCCUGCCUUAUUAUGAACCUGAGAAUUCACACAGGACAAAAGCUGUCCUGGUACUGCUGACCUCUCCUGGUUACCCUGUUAUCUUUGCCGUCUUUGCUGAGUUCUUGGCUAGACACAGUUAUAUUUCUGUGGCAGCCCGUGAAGAUGCUGCCUUUGGAGAGGGCGUUAGCCUCCCCUAGAAGCUCUCCACCCCAACCAGAACCAUCUACUCUGUGGUCAAAAGAUACAGCACAGCAGGAAGAACCUAGCCAGCAGGAGGAACCCGUCCAUCGGGAAGGACUCAUGAAGCAACAAGAACCCAGCCAGCAGGAGGAAUGCAGGAGGCAGGAUGAACUCAUCCAGAAAGAAGAACCCAUCCAGCUGCUGGAGACUAGUCAGAGGGAUGAGCCAAAUCAGAGGGGAGAAUUCAGUAAGCAGGAUAGCCCUCUCACCCAGGGGGAAGAACUCAGUGAGCAGCAAGAACCUGGCCAGGAGGAUGUACCCAUGCAGCAGGAAGAACCGAUGCAGCAGGAUGAGCCCAGCCAGUGCGAAGAACCCAUGCAGCAAGAUGAGCCUGUGCAGCAGGAUGAACUCGUGCAGCAGACAGAGCCCAUUGAGCGGGAUAAGCCCAUCCAACAGGAAGAACCCAUUCAGCAGGAGGAACCUAUUGAUCAGGAUAAGCCCAUCCAACAGGAAGAACCCAUUCAGCAGGAGGAACCUAUUGAUCAGGAUGAGCCCAUCCAACAGGAAGAACUGACCCAGCAGGAGGAACCUAUUGAUCAGGAUGAGCCCAUCCAACAGGAAGAACUGACCCAGCAGGAGGGACCUAUUGAUCAGGAUGAGCCCAUCCAACAGGAAGAACUGACCCAGCAGGAGGAGUCCAUUCAGCAGGAUGCUUUCAUGCAAAAGGAACUCAUCCAUCAGGGGGAGCCUGUCCAACAUGAACUCAUCCAGCAGGUGGGGCCCAUCCGGAAGGAACUGACUCUGCAGGAGGAGUUCAUUCAGCGGGAUAAGUCCACCCAAAAGGAGGAAUUUAUUCAGCAAGAGAAGCCAGUUCAGCAGGCAGGGUUCAGUGAACAGGAGGAACCCAGCCAGCAGGAGAAACCCAGCCAGCAGGAGGAACCCAGCCAGCAGGAGGAACCCAGCCAGCAGGAGGAACCCAGCCAGCAGGAGGAACCCAGCCAGCAGGAGGAACCCAGCCAGCAGGAGGAACCCAGCCAACAACAGGAAGAACCUAGCCAGAAAGAUCAACCAAACCAACAGGAAGAACCCAGCCAGCUGGAGGAAACAGAAACCAUCACUGAGAGAUCUGCUGCUGACCUUGAGUUUUCCCGCCUGCGCUUCCGGGAGUUUGUCUACCAGGAGGCAGCUGGACCUCACCAGACUUUGGCUAGGCUUCAUGAGCUAUGCCGUCAGUGGCUGAGGCCCGAGGCCUGCUCCAAAGAGCAGAUCCUGGAGCUGCUUGUUCUGGAGCAGUUCUUGGGCAUCUUGCCAGACAGGGUCCGUCCCUGGGUGGUAGCCCAGUAUCCUGAGAGUUGCAAGAAAGCUGCCUCCCUGGUGGAGGGUAUCUCUGACAUCCUGGAGGAGCCAGGAAUGAUGUUGUGUUCCCCGGGUGGGUCAUCAUCGUCAUUCAGCGAGGGAGACUAUGAGAGGUGUCUUGAGCCCCUGCUGCUACCAUGUGGGUUGCUAAGUCCCAACAGAAACUUAAGACCUAGGGACAUCCUGGUACACCGUGAUACUUCUCCCCUUCUUCCAGCAUGGCCUACUCUGGAAUCUGUGCAUUUGGAUCAAGAGCAUACAGAGGGAGAAAAGAAGACUGAAGAGGCCAGCUCUGCCCCAGCUGAGCUGAAGGAGCCUCUCCAGUCGGAAUGGGACCACCUGGAUCCCACAGAGGAUAACCUGACGAGUUACAGCAAGCUACUCCUGUGGGGGUGUCAGUUUUCUCAGGCUGGUCCAUCUUCCAUGCUGGAGAAAGAGGAACCUUGUGCGGUGGAAAAGCUGCCAGGGGUCAGCCUCCCAGACACCACCAGGCAGCAGGAAAGCAAAGGAAAUGUGUGUGAGGAAGUCUCCUUAGGGGAGACACUGAUGGAGAGUCUUUCAGGGGAUAUUCCUGUUAGCUCUUCAAUACAUACUGCCGUGGCGGAGGAACAGCAACCUCAGAAGGCUCUGGAUACUGAGGGUGAAUAUUCAAGCCCUGCCAGUCCCCAGCGGCAAUCAGUCAUCCAGCAGUCAGCCCAGGACAAGGAUAGGCCACAUCAAGGCACUGGGACAAAGAGGCCCCAUCCAGAUGACGAGGAUGAAAUGCCCCUUGAGUGUCUUUCCAGCACUAGCAGCUACCAGCUGCCAUUUGAUGCAGGGAAGGUGCUUCAUGUGGAUGAUGAUGACUCUGGGCAGGACCCAGGAACUUCUGCUGGGGGAUGCUCUGCAGCUGAUGAGUUUGAUGCAUCUCAAGGGAAGCCCUACACAUGCAGUGAAUGUGGGGAGGCCUUUGCAUGGAUCUCGCACCUUAUGGAACAUCACAAGAGUCAUGGCAGUGAGACAUGCUAUGUGAGCCAGGGAUGCUAGGAACCCCUCCAGUUCAGCUUGGUUGUGGUCAAGCACCACAAGAGUCACAUACAAACAAAACAAAACAAAACAAAGCCACACCAAGAGCCCUUCUCUGCCAGAAGCAAAACUCACUGGUGGGAGGAUUGGCAGCUUCUAGUGUGUGGGUGGUUUUCCUUAUACAACUUGAGGUAUAAGGCUAAGCAACUCUGUUAUAACUGUCCCAUGACAUGACAACUGUAGCAUGAGUAACCCUAAGGCUCAUGUGUGGUAGUGGAUUCUUGGGGUAUUUCUACAGGCACAUCUGUGCUUAUUUUCUGGAUGCUAAUGUGCUGAAAACAACUAGAAAGGGGCAGGGCCCUUAUCUUAGAAAUACACUUUGGUCUGAUGUUAUAGCUUGUAAAUCAUCAGAUGUGAGGGAAGACUCCAUUUCUACAGUAUUUUAAUACCACUUAUACUCUGGUCAUUUGACAUUAUACAAAGUGUUGAGUUGCCUUAAAGUAUGUGAUCUAGUGGCGCUUUCUUGAGCCCUCCUUGCCGCAGUUGCUUCUCCUUGAGCUCCCUGUUUAUUCACACAUAAUUCUUGCCAUCUAUUCUGGCCUUUUUGUAAGUACGUGAUAUCAGGUUUACUUCUGAAUCCUUAAAAGCAAACCCUUUUUCUUAGUUCAAGUCAUGUCUUCAUAUGUGGAGUGGCUUGCAAAGAUCACAAAAUAUGCUGAUUUCACACUGGGUUUCAGCUCAUUAGUGAAUUGUGAGGUCCAGUCAGUGGAUGGCCACUGGUAUUACAGAACAAUGAAGUGGAAUAAAAGUUUAUCAGAAUGCAUUAUGUAGUAAAGACAAGUAUUGUUUUGUGGAACUUCUCAGCUGAGAAUCUGAGAGCUGGCUACCACAUUAAAUGUAUUUGUUAAGGGGUACAAGCAUACAGGCUGAAGAAAUGAUCAGUAUCUGAGCUGAAAGAACCAAAUGUGGUCUACAUAGGUGAUCUUGUGGUUUUGCUUUUAACUUCAGAUUACAACAUUGUUUCUAUUGCCUGACUGUAAAUGAAAUUGCCCUGUAGAUACAGAAAGAAUGUCUUUUUCUUUCAGUGUUUAAGCAGGCAGUUUGUAACCCCCAAAUCAGAGGCUUACCAUAAUAAAGUAUUUAUUUCCUCAUUCAUA